AAAAGGACCCAACGAAGUCCAGCCAGCUGAGCUGAGCCUCGUGAACCAGAGCAUUUGCUCCUUCCUCGUCCUCCUCGAUCGACCUCUCUCCUUGGUGCCGCUGCCGCCAUAUAUGAACUGCUAGCACGCGCAGCAGCCAGCAGCUGCCGACCGGCCUAUAAUCAGAAGGCCAGAAAGGAUCGAUGGAGACCAUCAAGUGCUGCAUCGCGUGCAUCCUGCCGUGCGGGGCGCUGGACGUGGUGCGGAUCGUGCACUCCAACGGACGCGUGGAGGAGAUCAGCGGGGGCCCCGUGCUGGCCGGGGAGAUCAUGAAGGCGUACCCCAAGCACGUCCUCCGGAAGCCGCCGUCCACGUGCCCGGCCGACGGCGGCAUCGUCGUGCAGAAGCCCGUCAUCCUGCCGCACAAUGCCGAGCUGCAGAAGGGCAAGAUCUACUUCCUCAUGCCGGUCAUGGCCACCCCGGCGCCCGAGAAGCCCGCCGCGAAGCCACAGCCGCCGCCCGCCGCCGGCCAAUCCGCGGCGGCCGCUUCGGUGGCGAGGAGACGGCGCCGGAGGAAGGACCACGCCGCCGCACGGCCGGACGGAGGAGGAGCGGCGCCCGCCUGCAGCAGCGGGGCCGGGGCCCGGCCGCCGGAGGGCGAGAAGGAGCGGCUGCUGGCCAACGAGAGGUACCUGUCCGAGAUCAUGAAGGAGAAGGCCUCCACGGCCAGGGACCGGCGGCGAGGCCGCGUCGCCGUGUGGCGGCCGCACCUGGAGAGCAUCACCGAGGAUGACUUGUAAUCAAGCAAGGUGUCUUCGAUUUUUUUUUCCUCCCACCUUUUGUUUCUCUCUCCAUUUCUUUAGUUUUAGCAGCGUGGUAGUUUCGUGGCGCUCUCUUUUGUUAAUUCCUCCUGCUUUGCCUCUCCUUGCCCUUUGGCCUUUUAUUUUUGUUGCCA